UCUCUUCCACCUUUCUCCUUCUCCUCAUACCACCCAGCCUCAUCCACAAUGUCCGCCGGCCAGUCUGAAGUCAUCACCCACGUUGGUCACAACAAGUUUGGUUUCGACUCUACCGUCGAGAUCGAGCUCCUGAGGAGCUUGUACCUUACCCCCGCCUACAUCAAGGAGGGCGAGGACGUCAAGAUCUCUCUUGAUGCCCCCAGGAAGGAAUUCAACUCCGAGACCACUUACGACCACAACACCAACAGCAUCCAGUACUCCACCGUCAACAAGUUCCCUCCCGUCAAGCUCUUGCCCAACUCUGAGCGAAAGAGGAUUCUCAUCACUGGUGGUGCCGGUUUCGUCGGUUCCCACCUGGUCGACCGACUCAUGCUCCUCGGCCACGAAGUCACCGUCCUUGACAACUUCUUCACUGGUUCCAGGACCACCGUCUCCCACUGGGUCGGUCACCCCAACUUUGAGAUGGUCCGACAUGAUGUCGUCGAGCCCUUCCUCAUUGAGGUUGACCAAAUCUACCACCUUGCUUGCCCCGCUUCCCCUCCUCACUACCAGAUCAACGCUGUCAAGACCUUGAAGACUUCUUUCGAGGGUACCCUCAACAUGCUCGGUCUCGCCAAGCGAACCGGUGCCCGAUUCCUCAUCACCUCCACCUCCGAGGUCUACGGUGACCCCGAGGAGCACCCCCAGCGUGAAGACUACUGGGGUCACGUCAACUGUAUCGGUCCUCGAGCUUGCUACGACGAAGGCAAGCGAGUCGCCGAGACUUUGACUUACGGUUACCACCGUCGUGACGGAGUUGACGUUAGGGUCGCCCGUAUCUUCAACACUUUCGGUCCUAGGAUGAACCCCUACGAUGGCCGAGUUGUCUCCAACUUUAUCAUCCAGGCCCUCAAGGGUGAGGACAUGACUGUGUACGGUGACGGUUCCCAGACCCGAUCCUUCCAGUACGUUCACGACUUGAUUGACGGUCUUAUUCUCUUGAUGAACGGCGAUGAGACUCGACCCGUCAACAUCGGUAACCACGAUGAAUUCACCAUCCUCGAGUUCGCCGAGGCUGUCAGGGACAUUGUCGAGAAGGUCCAGAAGGAGGAGAACAACCCUCUCGCCAAGAGGGUUAACAUCAUCCACAAGGAGAUCCCCAUCGAUGACCCCCAGCGACGAAGGCCCGACACCACCCGUGCCAAGGAGACUAUCCAGUGGCAGCCUAGGUGGAACGUCAGGCAGGGUGUUGAGGAGAUGGUCAGGUACUACAGCGCCAGGAUCAGGGAGGGCGCUAUCUAGAUGUCGGGUUUUUAUACAAUACAUCGUCGACUGUACUCUUUGUCUUGGGCUCCAUCUUGUGCGAUGUUAUAAAGUUUGUGUUUUGCCAUAUCAAACUGUCGCCCGUUUUCAUAGUGCCACGCUUCUUCCAUUUCGGGUAUGCUGUAUCGUCAACGAUAUCUGGAGCCACCUAGCUCAAGAUCUCAAGUGGUACGCAGCGAUCAGUACCAGUAUGAAAAAGGUCGGCCGGACCGUCUCAACUUGUAAAUCAUUCGAGAGUUGUUCAACGAGGAGGGCUCCCGUUUCUAAGUGGA